UGUCGUUUCAUUGUAUGCAACUAGGUUGCUCUCAAAGCCUCCUGACCUACACAAUGUCCAUGGAUAGAGUGUUGAUGAUCAAGAUCCAACCCCACAAAACAUCACUAUUGGAAUCCCUGUCCGUGGGGAGAUCCGGUGAGCAAGUGGAAGCCGAUCCACCCGAUUACCGACCCUCUUAUCAGCUCUGUGGUCAACCAUCCGAGCCAAUCCGUCACUGACAUCAUUCCACCCGCUGUGCGGCACUCUUCGUCAGAGAGACAAGUCAACCACUUGGCGUUUUCACACUCUUGCAAAUUGCAUUCAACCCGGCCUUAUCUUGCAUCGAUCCCAGCCCUAUACACACCCCAUAGUAUACAUACUUACACUGUCCAUCUCAGCGCGGCGUGUUCCGACAGCCCACGUUGCGAGUCCACUCGUGUCGGCCCAGGUACCCGACCACCAAAGUGUUUAAAAACACCCACUGCACCAUGUCGGCGCCCACGAGGAUACGAAUAGCUGCUGGUGGUGUGGUGGGCAAGCAACAGCCAUCCCAAUGCCGAUCCUACUUUCUCUCAAACCAGCCUCCAACACAUUCGCAACCGACCUCAUCACAGCCGCCGCCGCCAACCAAAUCAUCAACAACAAAAGUUAGUGGCGCAUCAUCGUCACCCGCAUCCGUCGCAAACACCACCAUCAACAAGCGCUCAACAUCCACCCUCCCAGAGACAAAACCGCGCAACCUCCCCGAAACCUGGUUCAACCCCAACAACAACAUUCAAACCCCCGCAAAAUCACAAUCCAGCAGCGAUGAGAUCCGACCUCCAGAUGGCCCCGGCGGGCUGAACAAGCCUCCAGACGAGCGCAAAGUCAAGCUAGGCAAAACCCUCCGAAUCCUCCAAGCCCACCUCCCAACCAUCCUCCAAUCCCCCCUGCCCACCUCCAUCCUCUCCCCCCAAAUCUCCCUCCACCUCUUCCCCUCCACCCACCCGCACCUCCCGACCGUCAGGGGCCGCGUCGCCUACAUUGCCGCCCUAUGGACCGCCCCCUUGGCCUGGAACCGGCUCCCCAUAAUCGGCAACGUCCGCCUCGAGAUCCUGUCUGAACGCAUGGUCGACCGCCCGCUCUACAAGCCCCCGUCGCAAAACCGGCGCAUCGGCGCCUAUCCCGAGGAACUGAUUGUGCGCUGGCGGACCAUCGGCAACGCCAAGAAUUGGGGCUUGAGUUUUAUCAAUGGCAGUGGCAGCGAGGCAGGAAGUGCCACGAAGGGGGUCAGGGAAACCGCGGACAAGAAGGGAACGACGACGACGACGGAGUACAAAGCGCCGGUGGGUGAUGCGGAACCGUCGGCGGGGAGGGAUAACAGCAAGAAGUCAGAGUUUACGGGGCUGUUUAUCUUUGAGUUUGAUGGGGAGGGGAGGAUCUUGAGUCAUACGAUUGAGCAUGCGCAGCAGGAUGGGGAGGUUGAGAAGGGGGUGGGUGCGACGGUGGUUGGGUUGACGGAUUGGUUGUUGGGUGGGAUGAAGGGGGCGAGGGAAGGGGAAGGAGGAACAUGUCCGGCUUUUACGGCAAGGCAGGCUGAUGAAGCAGGUGGUGAGGUGAGGUGAGGUGAGGUGAUGCUGGCAACUGGGUUUAUGAGGGACAUUUGAUGGCAUUGGGAAUGGGAAAACUGGGGUUGGUGUGUUUUGGGAUGCAUGAUGAGGAUGAGGAACGAUAAUGAACGACCUUCUCAGAGCGAGAAGUGUGGUCCCACGCUGCCAAAGACAAAAGGGCAAGCAUUGUUUUACUGUACAACAAUAUGUAUUUCUAUAUCCAUGAUAUCUACUCACCCCUUUUCUUCAUCACCCCUUUUUCACUCUUUCGCCAUGUACAAUGCGUAUUUGGCUAUCAUAUCC